UAACUCCUCACCCCUCUUCCUCUCCUACCUUCCUCCAUCUAUCUUCUCCCUUUCCCCUCCUCCUUCUUCUUCUUCAGAUCCCUCUCUCAUGGCUUCUCUUCUACUGUUCUCUCCCUUUCUCUGAAACUUAACUGAGGAAGUUGGAGUAGAAUCAUCAGAAGAGCAACCAGUGGUGACUCUUAUAUAGACGUGUAUUUCAUCAGCUACGGGGUUUCCUCUUCUUCUUCUUUUUCUUCUUCUCCAUGUGUAUCUUCUUUAAGUUAUUCUCUUGUAGUUAAGAGCUGUUGCACCUGUAUAUCUUUCUAUCUCUGUUUCCUUGUUGAGAUUUCUAGCUAGUAAUUAGGGUUUAGUUGAGAGAAAUAUGCCUGUGGGGAUCAUGAUACCUGCAAGACAGCAAUCAGCAGCUUCCAUGAUGGGGAGGAACACAGGCACCAGUUUUGGCUCUUCCUCAGUCCUGUCCCUCAGCCAGCCGAACUUGCUGGAGGGAGGCCAGCAGAUCCCUCUGCAGUACCAGCACGGUAGCAACCACCAGCUGUUGGAGAUGGCGGCGGUGACCACCGCGGAGAGCGAGAUGGCCCGGGCGGCCCGUGAGGACGUCGACUUCGAGAGCAAAUCCGCCGGCAGCGAGAACAUAGAGGGCGCCUCCGGCGACGACCAGGACCAGAACCAGCGGCCGCGGAAGAAACGCUACCACCGCCACACUCAGCAUCAGAUCCAAGAAAUGGAGUCAUUUUUCAAGGAAUGCCCUCAUCCAGACGACAAACAGAGAAAGGAGCUGAGCAGAGAACUUGGACUGGAGCCUCUUCAAAUCAAAUUCUGGUUCCAAAACAAGCGCACCCAAAUGAAGAAUCAACACGAGCGACAUGAGAACAGCGAGCUGCGCGCCGAGAACGAGAAGUUGCGCGCCGAGAACAUGAGGUACAAAGAAGCCCUCAGCAACGCCGCCUGCCCGAACUGCGGCGGCCCCGCCUCCCUCGGCGAGAUGUCGCUCGACGAGCACCAUCUCCGCAUCGAAAACGCCCGCCUUCGCGAAGAAAUCGAUAGAAUAUCCGGAAUAGCGGCGAAAUAUGUAGGGAAGCCAAUGGCGGCGACGGGGCCGUCGUACCCGCUGCUGUCUCCGACGUCGUCGCGGUCGCCGUUGGAUUUGGGUUUCGGCGCCGGAGGCGGCGGCGGCAGUGAGGAAGUGUACGGAGGGGAUCUGCUUCGGGGCGUGGCGGGGCAAGGCGAGAUGGAGAAGCCGGUGGUGGUGGAGCUGGCCGUGGCGGCCAUGGAGGAGCUCAUCCGGAUGGCACAGCUCAACGAGCCUCUGUGGGUGCCUCAUGAAGAUACCAUCAACUCCGCCGGCGUCGGUGCUUCCGGGGAGACGCUGAACGAGGACGAGUACAUGCGAGCGUUCCCCAGAGGCUUCGGCCCGAAGCAGUUCGGGCUCAAGACGGAGGCCUCGAGGGAGACGGCGGUGGUCAUCAUGAACCAGAUGAACGUUGUGGAGAUGCUCAUGGAUGUGGUAAUCAAUCAAUCAACAACUCAAUUAUUAAUUCAUUAUUCAUAUGAAAUUUCAAUCGAUUUUUGUGAAUAUAUUAAUUUGGAGCAGAAUCAAUGGUCGAAUGUGUUUCCGGGGAUCGUGUCGAGAGCCUUCACGCUGGAAGUGUUAUCCACUGGAGUUGCAGGCAAUUACAAUGGAGCUCUGCAAUUGAUGUCGGCGGAAUUCCAAGUUCCUUCUCCACUCGUUCCGACGAGGGAGUUCCUCUUCGUUAGGUACUGCAAGCAGCAUCCGGACGGGACUUGGGCCGUCGUGGACGUUUCCCUCGAUAGCCUCCGGCCAGGCCCUGUGUUGAGGUGCCGGAGAAGACCCUCCGGCUGCUUGAUCCAGGAAAUGCCCAACGGCUACUCAAAGGUCACGUGGGUGGAGCAUGUCGAGGUAGAUGACCGGUCGGUGCACAACAUCUACAAGCCGCUGGUCAACUCCGGCUUAGCUUUCGGCGCCAAGAGGUGGGUCUGCACUCUGGAUCGCCAAUGCGAGCGGCUUGCCAGCGUGAUGGCCAGCAACAUCCCCUCUGCCGAUAUCGGUGUGAUAACGAGCGCAGAGGGACGAAAGAGCAUGUUGAAGCUGGCGGAGAGGAUGGUGAUGAGUUUCUGCGGCGGCGUGAGCGCGUCGACGACGCAUCAGUGGACGACGCUGUCGGGAAGCGGGGCGGAGGACGUGCGCGUGAUGACGAGGAAGAGCGUGGACGAUCCCGGCCGGCCGCCGGGCAUCGUCCUCAACGCCGCUACCUCCUUCUGGCUCCCCGUCUCGCCCAAGCGCGUCUUCGACUUCCUUCGCGACGAAACCACUCGCAGCGAGUGGGAUAUACUCUCCAAUGGCGGAGUCGUUCAGGAAAUGGCUCACAUCGCCAAUGGCCAAGAUCAAGGCAACUGCGUCUCUCUUCUCCGUGUCAAUAGCACGAACUCGAAUCAGAGCAACAUGCUGAUACUUCAAGAGAGCUGCACCGACGCGACGGGCUCCUACGUCAUCUACGCGCCCGUGGACGUCAUGGCCAUGAACGUGGUGUUGAACGGCGGCGACCCGGACUACGUGGCGCUCCUCCCCUCCGGCUUCGCCAUCCUCCCCGACGGGCCUUCGUCGGCAUCGCAAGCCGUGUCGGCCGGCGGCUCCCUUCUCACCGUCGCCUUCCAGAUCCUCGUCGACUCCGUCCCGACCGCGAAGCUCUCCCUCGGCUCCGUGGCCACUGUCAACAGCCUCAUCGCCUGCACCGUCGAGCGCAUCAAGGCGUCCGUCGCAGGCGAAACCAUUCCCCAUUAACAACAUCAUCUGUGGCAUCAGAAGGGGUGGUAGUGGAGAUUGGGAUGGAACUUGUGGGAGUCAAGAACGCACCUCAUGCUUCCCUUGCCGUGUGGUACUGGUGGAAUUAAGCAUACAAAAAUACGACGUCCGUUCGUUCAUGCACCACUGUGCAAGGAGAGUUGGUUCGGGUAUUGACUUUCCAAUACAUAUCUUAAUUAUUCAUUACCUCCUCUUGAUUUUGCACUACUUCUACUUCUACUUCGACUUAUUAUCUUAAUGUUUUCAAUGUGUUUUGUAAUGUUAAUUUGCUUUGGAUUCGAAGUGUACUCUGGCACCAUGGAACAAUGGAACAGGCAUAUGUACUUGCUCCUACUCUCUUUCCGGCAUUUAUUGUGUUAAUUUGAUUUCUCACUAGCCAAAAUGUCAGCUACAUAUGUCUGUAACUGGUUUUAUAUAUUCCAUUCUGAAGAGUAUUUUAGCUUCA